UGCAGCAAAGACUUUUAGAACACGAAUACUGUAUCGGAGCAGUGAAUGAAGGAGAAUGCCACUGGACUCUAGUGAUCGUUAUACCAAACCAGAAGAAAUUGAUUUAUUUAAAUCCACUUGGAGAAGUGGAAAAUACAAGGCAACAGUUUUUGCAGCAUUGGUUUAAUUUCAUGCAUGCAAGAUACGUGAGUGGUCUUGAGCCAACCCUGCCCGGGUCAUGGUCCAUUGAAUCCCCAGCACAUGGAAAACAGUUUGAUGGCGUGAGCUGUGGAGUUUAUGUGUUAGAGUUAGCAGAGAGAUUCCUCAAUGCAGUAACACUGGAAUUUAAUUGGACCAGAAGUAAUGUGCUACAUGCACGAAAAUCAAUCGCAGCUCGCUUGCUGCACGCUGCAGGUCAAUUGCCCCAGGAUCACCCUGACACGACGGAGAGCACACAUCCGGUGAUCCUUGAUCGGGACCUUACACAUCAGCGAGGUGACACGACAGACAACAUACAUCCGGUGAUCCUUGAUCGGGACCUUACACAUCAGCGAGGUGACAUGACGAACAACACUCAUCCGGUGAUCCUUGAUCGGGACCUUACACAUCAGCGAGGUGACACGACGGACAACACUCAUCCGAUGAUCCUUGAUCGGGACCUUACACAUCAGCGAGGUGACACGACGGACAACACUCAUCCGAUGGUCCUUGAUCGGGACCUUACACAUAAGCGGGGUGACAAGACGGACAACACUCAUCCGGUGAUCCUUGAUCGGGACCUUACACAUCAGCGAGGUGACACGACGGACAACACACAUCCGGUGAUCCUUGAUCGGGACCUUACACAUCAGCGAGGUGACACGACGGACAACACUCACCCGGUGAUCCUUGAUCGGGACCUUACACAUCAGCGAGGUUACACGACGAACAACACUCAUCCGGUGAUCCUUGAUCGGGACCUUACACAUCAGCGAGGUGACACGACGAACAACACUCAUCCGGUGAUCCUUGAUCGGGACCUUACACAUCAGCGAGGUGGCACGACGGACAACACUCAUCCGGUGAUCCUUGAUCGGGACCUUACACAUCAGCGAGGUGACACGACGAACAACACUCAUCCAGUGAUCCUUGAUCGGGACCUUACACAUCAGCGAGAUGACACGACGGACAACACUCAUCCGGUGAUCCUUGAUCGGGACCUUACACAUCAGCGAGGUGACACGACGGACAACACACAUCCGGUGAUCCUUGAUCGGGACCUUACACAUCAGCGAGGUGACACGACGAACAACACUCAUCCGGUGAUCCUUGAUCGGGACCUUACACAUCAGCGAGGUGACACGACGGACAACACACAUCCGGUGAUCCUUGAUCGGGACCUUACACAUCAGCGAGGUGACACGACGAACAACACUCAUCCGGUGAUCCUUGAUCGGGACCUUACACAUCAGCGAGGUGACACGACGAACAACACUCAUCCGGUGAUCCUUGAUCGGGACCUUACACAUCAGCGAGGUGACACGACGGACAAUACACUUCCGGCGAUCAUUGAUCGGGACCAAAGAAAACCCGAACAGGACAAACCACAAAUGAAAUUACGGGGACUAUGCGUCAAGGACGACCAGAAGAUGGCAUUACGAAAGCAUAGGAAAAGGUCGUCAUGGAUAUUCUAUCCCGUAAGAAAGACGUCAAAAAAGAGAGGAAAGAGGAUGCAACGUAUUGCGUUUGCAUGAAAGAAGAUGAUGGAGAGUAGGUUAAACUAUAUCAUUUUUAGAAAACCUUUAUUUUCUUCAGUCUUGAAUCAAAAAAGUCGUUAUAGUAAGAGGGGAGAAUGUAUAAAAACGAUUUUGCAGCACGUGACAUGUAGGGUUCAAACACACGCCUGCGAACGUCAGCUAUCUUCAAUGAACAUUUCCUACAGUUGAAGUUCCUGUGCAUGAAUUCAAAUAAUAAUACGGAUUAAUCUUCUGAAUAAGUCUGUGGAGUGUCAUUAUUUUAUUAUUGUGAUUUUCAGCUUCAAGAUGCCCCUACAAGUGUAUACAACAACAAUAACAAUGAAAAAUGACAAUCAAACAACUGUAU